GGGGCGUGGCCUAGACAGGGGAGCUUGAUUCUUUGAGCAAACUUUUCAGCAGGACCGCUUGCUUCCUCUCGCUCUGCGCUGACGGAUCCCGGACAAAAAAACAAAAAAAAGGAGGUUCUCCAUUUUCAGCUUGAAGCCGAGGUCCCGAUCGAGCCGCCAUCAUGUCUAGCAAACGUGCCAAGGGAAAGACCACCAAGAAACGGCCACAGAGGGCCACCUCCAAUGUCUUCGCCAUGUUUGACCAGUCCCAGAUCCAGGAAUUCAAAGAGGCGUUCAACAUGAUCGACCAGAACCGGGAUGGCUUCAUCGACAAGGAGGAUCUGCAUGACAUGCUGGCUUCUUUGGGUAAGAACCCAUCUGAUGAAUACCUGGAGGGAAUGAUGAACGAGGCUCCGGGGCCCAUUAACUUCACCAUGUUCCUCACAAUGUUUGGAGAGAGGCUCAACGGGACAGACCCCGAGGAUGUCAUUCGUAAUGCCUUCGCCUGCUUUGACGAGGAGGGAUCUGGGUUUAUCCACGAGGACCACCUGAGAGAGCUGCUGACCACCAUGGGCGAUCGCUUCACAGACGAAGAGGUGGACGAGCUGUUCCGCGAGGCGCCGAUUGACAAGAAGGGCAACUUCAACUACGCAGAGUUCACUCGCAUCCUCAAACACGGCGCAAAGGACAAGGACGACGAGUAGAGGCGGAGGAAAAAAUGUCUGCUUCCGGCUCCCGCUUACCUGCUGCGCCACAGAUUUUUUUCCGCCGGCCCCCUCCCUUUUACCUUGUAUAGUAAAUACAAUGUGAAUCGCUACAGUUGUGUUCAAAAUAAUGGCAGUCCCACAUCACUAGCUAGGUAUAUCGCCGUUUUUUUUUUUUUUUGUUAGAAUUUAUUUCUACUUCUACACUACAAGCAAGUUUCCAGAAGGUCCCAACAGGAAUGACGUGCAUGCUGCUGAUUCUGUGAAACUGAAAGGGGCGUGUUAAAAAAAAAAAUGCCAGGGCCGAGUUCAAUUAGUGGGAUCAUUGAUUAUGUGAAAAAAAAAGGUGUUAAACAGGUGGUCCUUAUUUAAGGAUCAAGGCAACUGACACUGCAUAAGCUGGUUGUGCAUUUGUCCUUGAAAAACAGAGUAAAAUGGGUCGUAGAAGACACUGUUCAAAAGAAGUGUUCUUUGAUUAAGAAAUUAAUAAAAGAGGGGGAAACUUGUAAGUUGUACAGCACAUGGAACGUAGUACAAUUGUCCUGAGCUGCAAAACCUGUUGACUGCUCCCAGAAGUUGGUCGGCUCUAUCUACCACAAAUGUGAAGCGGUUAUCUGAAACCGUGGUUAUGCAUCUAAAUAUUAGUUUAUGAUUCUAAGGAAAGUUGAAUCUUCCAACAUUUCUUAGUUUAUACAGUACAUAUUUGAGUUUGUAAAGAAAGAUGUCAACACUGCUAUUUUUUUUAACAUAGUUCUUGACUUUCUGUAAAAUAUGAUCACGUUCAAUUACUUUUUUCCCAACUGUCUCGUUUUGAAAUAGAAUGUGCAGCGUUCCCAAUGUAUUUGUGUUAGUUAAAAUACAAUUUAUAUGAAGGAUAUUGAGCUUUACUUACCCUUUUAAACCCACUGCUAUUACUAUGAACACAACUGUAUAUAAAAGUCUUUAAAUUGUAACAAAAGUAUUUUCGUGUACAUUUGAAGGUAAACAUGCUAGUCAAGCAUUGAAUCUUGAGACCAAAAGACCCGGUUCUACAAUACCCUCCUUGCGGCUCCACCCAAAUUUGCCUCACUUUGGUAAUUUUUAGGCAACCUAUUUAGACCUUCUGGGUGCAUUACUGGAUAAAUACUGUUUGAACUUCUGGCUUCAGGGCUGCACACAGUACCAGCAUGGUUUAACCCCAUCCUGCCUGUUUGCUACUGCACUGCCACGUGUCCCUUUUCUCUGUUGUCUUUGUACGGUUGCAAAAACAGAAGCAACUCGUUCUGUGUUUGUUGUUGACAAUCAAGAGGCGAGGAUCUCCUCCCCGGUGAAACGGUUUGUUGAAGCGUCGAGGCUGAUGCUUUGCUCCAUCAGCUUGCGGCACUGGUUGAGGGAUCAGGUGCGUCUGCUGUAGAAGGAACUCAGUCAUGAACCCGCUCAGGCUAAUAAAGUACACUACAGCUCCUGUAGUAAAAAGACUGCGUCUGCACCAAAUCAAUGAAUGUGUUUCACUCA